AUGCUGAUUGCAGUGCUGCUGAGCUGUGCCCUAUUGCAGGCAUUGCCCAUCAUGCAGGCGGCCCAGAUGGGCCUGCCCACUCUGGAGGGCAUCAGGCCUGACCAGGCCCUUUUCCCAGAGUUCCCAGGCCUGGGCCUGCAGCCGGCGCUAAAGAAUACAGCUGCAGAACAGGCAAAAGAGGACCUGCUGCAGGAGGCUGAAGCUUUGGCAGAGGCGCUAGACCCUCAGGGCCGAGAGACUCGCUCCCCUCGUCGUUGCGUGCGGCUGCACGAGUCCUGUCUAGGACACCAGGUGCCCUGCUGCGACCCAUGUGCCACCUGCUACUGCCGCUUCUUCAAUGCCUUCUGCUACUGCCGCAAACUGGGUACUGCCACGCAUCCCUGCAGCCGCACUUAA